UCUCCUCCUCUGGCGUCUCCUCCUCUAGCUCCUGGCUGAUGGAUGUGCCUCCACCGGGCUGCACAUAUAAACACGGAGCUCCAGCGGACACGUUCAAUCCAAGAGCCAAACACACAGGAAGGGAAACAAGUGAGAGAAGAAGCAGGAGGAGACGAUCUCUGGCACAUUCCCCAGGAUGGAGGAGGAUUCUCCAUCCAAGCCGUCUGUGGCCGAGCUGGCAGGAAGGUUCAAAGGUCACAUUCUACCGAUGCCUGCCACAAAUGACGAGUUAUUUCGAAGACGACAUCCGUGUUCCCUGAAGUUACACAAAGCAAAAGAUGACAAUGAAGAAUCAGAUAAAACGGUUGUCUCCCCAAAUCCCUUCAAAAUCAAGAUGAGGAACUCGUCCAUCAUCGAGAAACUGCAGGCCAACCUCGCCCUGUCACCCACUUCUCUCCUGCCUUCGCCCAAGAGCCCCGAGGUGAAGCUGCAGCCGGCGCCGCGGUCGCCCCCCCCGCCCUGCAGGCCCCUGAGCCCCAGGCCGCGGCCCUCACGUCAGUCCAGCGAGGAGGAGGAUCCCAUCGGCUUCGAGGACCCACCUGAGGGGGCCCCCCUGCCGAGCUUCAACAAGACUCGUGCACGCCUGUCGUUCAAGAGACGCCCGCCCACGAGGCAGCACAGGAGGUCAGCCGGCGAGGAGGCGGGGGCCUUGGGGGGCGGCCUGUCCCCGUGUGAAUUGUACAGUCCAAACGAAAAUGGGGACAGGCAGGAGGUUUUUUUACACAGUCCGGCCGAGGAGGAUGAAUGUGGGCUACCGGGCAGCCUGGAGGAAGACAAGGACAUGGACUGUGAAAAGACAGAGGACCAGGUAGCGGGGAGUGACCCCGACCAUGAGGGGGAUCCACAGGAGGAGCAGGAGGCACGACUUGCUGAAGCUUUGGAGGAGGAGCAGCCACCUUCAGGGAUUUGCCCCGCUGAGCAGAUAGGGGGCAGCGUCGAGGGAGAAGAGGAGAGGCUUCACCAAGAAGGAAACGAGGAACUGUGACAUUUUACUGUAAGAGAGAGAGAGAGAAAAACAACCAGAUGUCUAAGUUAUUCAAAGAUUUGUUUGAGAGAAGUUCCUCUUCUUUUAAGUGUCUGUUCUGUUUUUAAGUCCCUCUCCAGGCCGUGUAUAGAACAGGUCUAUAAACACUGGGGAGUAGUUGAGGAGAGCAGCUGUGUCUCCGCACAUGGAAAUAAGCAUCACUGUUGAAACUGUGUCCACGAUCAGAAAAGACAAUGUCACAUACACAGGACUUUGAAAAAUGCUGGUUAGCAAAAGGAAGAAUAUCUAGAUUUAUACUUACUUAGCUUUCAUAGCAGAUUAUAAAAUGUCCAGGCUUCAUUCAAAAUCACUCUCACUUCAGUUUGAAAUUAUAUACCGCUUUGUUUUCUGUUUUGAUCGGUCGAUAUCUCUGCUUGUGUCCUAUUUUUGUAUACAACAAAAAUAUUUAAAUCCCAGUUUUACUGUGGAGCGACCGAGGACCUCAGAAGCUAUAUACAUAGAAAUGUUAUGAAAAUAAACAUCUUCCUUCUUAUGUAAAGAAAACCUCAUGUUAAA